CCCCUGCUCUCUUCCCAAUUCCUAUAUAUAUCCACCAAUUUUACACUCCAUUUCUCAUCUUCAUCAACAUGCCUGCAACCUUCAAUUUAGAGCCGUUGGAUAUCUCGCUGCACAUCCCUCACCAUUUCCGCUGCCCGAUCUCGCUCGAGCUCAUGCGCGACCCGGUCACCGUCUCCACCGGUCAGACCUACGACCGAUCAAGCAUCGAGGCCUGGGUGGCCACCGGCAACACCACCUGCCCCGUCACAAGGCAGCCGCUCACGGAUUUCAAUCUCAUCCCCAACCACACGCUCCGCCGUUUGAUUCAGGAUUGGUGCGUCGCUAACCGCUCCUUCGGAGUCGAGCGGAUCCCCACUCCGAAGCAGCCUGCCGAGCCGAUUUUGGUUCGGAGUUUGCUUCGCCAGGCUGCUUCGGGUCCGUACGGCGUCAGAGCUUCGUCGCUGAGGAAGUUGAGAUCGCUGGCGCGUGAAUCGGAUAAGAACAGGAUUGUGAUCGCGGCGAAUAAUGCUCGCGAGGUGAUGAUGUCGAUUGCGUUUGCCGAUGUAGGAUCGGAUCUGCGGCACGAUUCGCUCGCCGUGCUCUCGGUGUUGGCUUUGACGGAGGAGGAGUGCGUGAGCGUUGGAUCGGAUCCGGAUCGGAUCGGAUUUCUGGUGAAUUCACUGUUCCAUUCGUCGAUUGAUGUGAGGGUUAAUUCCGCGGCGGUGAUCGAGAGCGUGGUGGCGGGGAUCCGAUCGCCGGAGCUGAGGGCGGAGAUCAGCGGCGCGGAGGGGAUUUUCGACGGAAUCGUAGGGAUUUUGAAUUAUCCGUUCAUCCAUCCGCGCGGGGUGAAGGUCGGGAUCAAGGCGCUGUUCGCGCUGUGUCUGGCGAAGCAGCACCGGGGGAGGGCGGUGGCGGCGGGGGCGGUGGAGGCGCUGGUGGAGAGGCUGGCGGAGGUGGAGAAUUGCGGCGACGCGGAGAGGGCGCUGGCGACGGUGGAGCUGCUGUGCCGGAUUCCGGCGGGGUGCGCGGCGUUCGAGGCGCACGCGCUGACGGUGCCGCUGCUGGUGAAGGUGACGCUGAAGGUGUCGGGGCGGGCGACGGAGUACGCGGCGGGGGCGCUGCUGGCGCUGUGCUCGGCGUCGGAGAGGGCGCAGAGGGACGCGGUGGCGGCGGGGGUGGUGACGCAGCUGCUGCUGGUGGUGCAGAGCGACUGCACGGAGAGGGCGAAGAGGAAGGCGCAGAUGCUGCUCAAGUUGCUGCGGAACUCAUGGCCUGAUGCGUACGUCGUCAAAUCGGAAGAUUUCGCCGGAAGCGACGUCGUUCUAUUUUGACAUUUUUUUUUCUGACAUUAGAGGAUUAAACAAUCCUCUUAAUUUUUUGCAAUCGGAGAGGUAAAUUGCAACGUUUUAACACUAUUGAUAAAAAGAGAAGUAGAUCAGAUUAAUUAGAUGAGGGAAGUGUUGAUUUUGUAAUUAAGAUUGGUUAACUCAUGCAUGUUACUCUUAAGUCUUAUCUACAGCGCAAACCUUCAACUUUUCUA